AGCCAUGGGAAGGCCGGUGCUCGUAGUUCCUCUGCUCUUGUUUGCUGUGAUGCUGAUGGGCACCAGGGCCAAAAAUUGUGUGUGCAAUGGAAGAUCCAGGUGCCGUUGUGAAGGAGUGAAAGGCAACAGGGGAGACAAAGGUUAUGCAGGAAUCCAAGGUCCCCCAGGACUAGAGGGUCGUCCAGGACCAGGUGGCCAUGUUGGGCCAAAAGGGCCAAAGGGAAACACCGGGCCUGCUGGACCUAUGGGAUCAAAAGGAGAUCCGGGACCUGAAGGUAAAGAAGGAUUUGCUGGGUCUCACGGUUUACCGGGUAUCCCAGGUUUACAAGGACUUCCAGGCCCUCCAGGUGCCCCAGGAUGCAAUGGAACUGAUGGUGAGGAUGGACCUCCUGGUAUUCCUGGUACUGAUGGCUUUUAUGGACAUUCAGGUCCACCGGGUCUGCCUGGACCUAAGGGUGAAUCUCGGGUGUCAGAAAAUUUAGUAGGGCACCCUGGGCCACCAGGGUGGGAUGGAGAACUGGGAGCCCGAGGUCCCCCUGGGGAGACUGGACCACCUGGGGACCAUGGACCAAGAGGCUCUAUUGGUCAUCCUGGCAAUCUAGGGGCUAAGGGACCUAAGGGUCAAGGAGGCGUAGGUGGUAUCCCAGGACUACGUGGACCAAAGGGGAGACCAGGACCACAAGGAGUGCCGGGGCCACCGGGUCGAAUAAAAGAGUAUUUCACUGAGAUAGAGCCACUGAUUGAGGGUCUAAAAGGAAAUAAAGGAGAUGGUGGAGAAAAAGGCUGCAAGGGCGAACCAGGAGGAAAUGGUUACAGUAUUCACAUCAAGGGGUCUAAGGGAGACAGAGGAGCGCAAGGCCCAGAAGGAAAGCCAGGGAAGGACGGUGAUCCUGGACAGCUUGGAUAUAAGGGAAAUACUGGCCACAGUGGCGAUCCAGGUUUUCCAGGGACACCAGGAUGGACAGGUGAAAAAGGAAAUAUAGGUCCACCUGGUCCGCCUGGAGAGAUAAUUAGCCAUGUGACUGAGCCACCGAAAGGAUACCGUGGAGAUCCUGGUCUCCCUGGUCCACCUGGACUUCCCGGGAGUAGAGGUUUUGUGGGCUUUCCUGGGCCAGAUGGCCUUCCAGGCCGUGCAUCUGGGAUUGGUAUACCAGGUCCACACGGUCCCAGUGGCUUUCCAGGCCCCAAGGGAGAACCUGGGGAGCCUGGGCAUAUGUAUACUGGACUCCCAGGUCUAGAUGGGGACCCUGGUGAUCAAGGGCCUCCAGGAGAUCAGGGCCCACCUGGACCACCAGAAGACCGAAACAACAGGAUAACCAAAGGUCUUCCUGGUAUAAAAGGAAUGAAGGGUAUACCUGGACCCAUCGGGUAUGAUGGGACAUUUGGAAUGAAAGGACUGAAGGGGGAGCCUUGUUAUGAGUGUAUAGGACCAGGACUCCCCGGAUCACCAGGUCCUCCUGGUCCACCUGGCAUUCCUGGCUACAAUCAAGGACCAGGUGCCAAAGGUGAUCCAGGAUUCCCAGGACCUAGUGGUUUACCUGGAAGACCAGGUCCUAUUGGUGAAACUGGACUCCCAGGUGCCCCGGGACGAAAAGGAGAUGCUCAUUCAUAUAACACCCCAGGGAUAAAGGGAGAGAGAGGGGACCCAGGACAACCUGGCCAGCCUGGUGCAAAUGGUUUACCUGGGUUGCAUGGUUUACCAGGUCGCAAAGGUAACCAAGGCCCUCCAGGGGAUUUGUAUCCUUUUCCGGGAGACCGCGGAUUAACAGGUGCACCAGGGCUCUCAGGUAGAUCAGGGCCAGUUGGCCUCCCUGGGCCAGUAGGAUAUGGGCCUCCUGGACUAUCAGGCAGUAAGGGAGAUGUUGGUGUUCCUGGUUUGCCAGGACAGCCUGGAAUUCCAGGCCAGAAAGGGGAACCUAGCCACUUUCAUGCUAAAGGCCCCCCAGGACCACAAGGAUUUAAAGGUCUGCCAGGAUCACCUGGAAACCCAGGUUAUCCAGGAGUUCCAGGCUCCCCAGGAGCACCAGGAGCACUAGGACAGAAAGGCGAAAGAGGACAUCUGUCAUUUCCUGGAAAGCAGGGGACCCAAGGAGGAAAAGGUGAAAAAGGAAAGCCAGGUCUCCCAGGUUAUCCAGGUAGAGGUUUGCCUGGCCAGCCUGGGCCUCAAGGCCCUCCCGGUGCUCCAGGACUGAAGGGUAAUAGUGGCCCUGGAAAAACUGGACCCCCGGGCUUCCCAGGGCCUAUGGGUGAACCUGGAGCUCAGGGGACUAUAGGUGAUCCAGGGACUCCUGGUCUACCUGGGAAAACAGGGCCAACUGGCAACCCUGGUUUCCCAGGAGAAAAAGGAAGUAAAGGUUCUGUAGGGCCCCCAGGACUACCUGGUAGCAAGGGUUCAUGUACAGAUUUACCUGGACCUGCAGGACCAGCAGGACCAGAUGGUUUGCCAGGAGUUCCAGGGAGUAAUGGAUUUCCUGGUGAGAAGGGAGGUCAAGGAUUUCCAGGGUCAGGCCAUUCUGGUCCCCAUGGAGAGCCUGGUUUCCCUGGGCCAUCAGUGCCAGGUUCAUAUGGGCUUCCUGGACAAAAAGGAAUUAAGGGACAAAAUGGCCUGCCUGGUCAGCAAGGACUGAGGGGAGAUCCUGGACCAGACGGAUUACCAGGAUAUGGACCAGAUGGAUUGCCUGGACCUAUAGGGCCACCAGGCCUAAUAGGUUCCCCUGGGCCAGCCGGAGCCAAAGGUUCCCGGGGUCCUACAGGCAUAAAUGGAGAACCAGGUUUCAGAGGUCCUAAAGGCCCUCCAUCACCACCACCACACACAGACCUUAUUGGGCCCCAAGGAGACCCUGGCACUCCAGGCGAUCCUGGUAAAAGUGGUCCCUCUGGAGAUCCUGGAAUUACUGGCGCAAAAGGACUAAGAGGGAGAGAAGGCGCAGUAGGUGUUCCUGGACUAAGAGGUCCUCCAGGUGAUCCAGGUAUUGAUGGACCAGUGUUCUCAAAAGGAACUCAAGGACCUGCUGGAGACCCAGGAGACCCAGGAGUCAGAGGGCCUAAUGGCCUUAAAGGUUUUAAAGGAGAUCAAGGAAUUGUGGGAGCUACAGGUCCAUCUGGUGCACCCGGUCCAAAUGGAUACAAGGGAAUUGAGGGAGAACCAUGCGACUGCGAACAUGGACUACCUGGACCAGUAGGACAAAAGGGUGAACCAGGAUUAGCCAACACUUAUGAAAUGAAGGGUCAGAAAGGAGAGCCUGGUAUCAGUGGAACAGUAGGAGUACCAGGAAGCCGUGGAGUCAAAGGAAACCCAGGACCUGUUGGAGAAAUUGGUCCACCCGGCUAUCAAGGGCCUAAAGGAUCAGAUGGACCACCAGGACAAAAAGGACAACCAGGACCUAAUGGACCAUUAGGUUACCCAGGUCCACCCGGUGCCCGUGGUUAUCCAGGUCCUAAAGGCAACCAGGGCCGGGAUGGGAUCCCUGGACCACCAGGACAGAAAGGGGAUAUCAUAACAGAAGUGACUCCGGGGCGACGUGGUGACACAGGCCAACCAGGGCCACCUGGGAACCCUGGACCUCCUGGCUUGUCUGUCACAGCAAGUCCUGGUCCAAGUGGAGACAGAGGACAGCCAGGUCCACAUGGGGCUAAUGGUCCAAGAGGACCACCCGGACGAGAAGGGGCAUGCGUACCUGGUCUAAAAGGAAAUCGUGGCCCUCCUGGGAGUCCUGGCAGACCAGGCUGGCCGGGUUCACCUGGCCCUCCAGGCCUCAGUUUACCUGGGUUUAAAGGAGACAGAGGGAACAUGGGUCUUACAGGAAGCCCAGGUUAUAUUGGACCACCAGGAGAUCCAGGACCUCAAGGACCACAAGGUGCAAAAGGCGGACCUGGCAGCCCAGGGCCAAAAGGUUAUUCUGGUCCUCCUGGAAUCCAAGGGCGUCCAGGUGGCAGUGGAGACCCUGGAUACACACCAGGCCCGUCUGGUCCACCUGGACCCAAAGGUUUCCCUGGACGACCUGGCCGUAAGGGUGAACCAGUACUCAUCGCAGCAAUACAUGAGCGAGGACCUCCUGGUUUACCUGGUCCCCCUGGUAAUCAAGGAUCCCCAGGGAGCACUGGAUCAUCGGGACCAACAGGCUUUCCAGGCAAGCCAGGCUUAAAAGGAGUGCGAGGUUCCAGCCCAAUUGGCCUUCCUGGUUUUCCUGGCGUUAAAGGAGAGAAAGGAAGAGCAGGACUUCCAGGUCCAGAUGGUAGAUCUGGGGACCCAGGCCACAAGGGUCUUCCAGGGUUGCCCGGUACAGCUCUUCCAUGUGAUGUUGACACUUUCAUGAUAGCCAGACACAGUCAGAGCAUCCAUGUCCCCGACUGUCCUCGUGGCUCUACUUUCAUUUACUCUGGUUACUCCCUUCUCUUCAUCAACGGAAAUAAACGGACUCACGGUCAGGACCUUGGCACAAUGGGAAGCUGUCUCCCCCGUUUCUCCACCAUGCCCUUCCUGUUCUGUGACACAGAGAGUAACUGUCGCUAUGCUUCUCGUAAUGACUAUUCAUACUGGUUGUCGACUGACACUCCUAUGCCUGCCAACAUGGUUUCCAUCACAGGGGAUAAGCUGGCCUCCUACAUUAGCAGGUGCACGGUGUGUGAAACCACUUCCAAUGUCAUAGCUAUCCAUAGCCAGACAGCUCGGAUACCCCAGUGUCCCCAAGGAUGGGAGUCCCUGUGGACUGGCUACUCUUUUGUCAUGCAAACAGGUGCUGGUGCAGGUGGCUCCUCUCAGCCUUUGGCUUCUCCUGGCUCAUGUCUGGAAAUGUUCCGCCAAGUGCCCUUUGUUGAGUGUCAUGGCAGGGGAACAUGUAACUACUAUCCUGACUCCUAUAGCUACUGGCUGGCCUCCCUUGACCCCAACAACAUGUUCAGUAAACCUGUUCCUCAGACAGUGAAGGGACCUUUUCUACCAAACGUCAUCAGCCGCUGUCGGGUCUGUAGAAAACCUUUCCAUUCGCCUGGUUCAGGUGGCGGACGUGGGGACAGUUUUUAACACCGAGUAUUUCCUUUUUCAGAGUUGUUUAAAUUAUUGAGCCAGUCUUUUUAGUGUAACGUGUGCAUAUCUGCCGGGGAUCUGUAUAUUGUUAUAUGUCAAAAUGAAAAAAGAAACACCAAUCUGCCACAUUGUCAGUCAUCUAUGAUGGCAGUUAUAUGUGCUCUGAAACGGUAUUAAACUUAAUUAAACAUUUAGUGAUCCAUUAUAUUUUAUGGAUCCUAUAUUGUACCACCAGAUUGUAAAUAAAUUAUUCAGGAGACAUAAUAACUAUAGUAACAGCUUUUUUAUUUUUAUUUCUAGAGUAUUUUUGGAAAAAGAGCAAACACCAAAUGUCCUGUUUUGUGCAUGUGACAGCGUUACUACUGAGAAAUAAUCAAGGAGCAGUAAAUGACGGCAUUAGGUCAGACAAUCAGGAAGGAUGUUGUAAAUGUGACUUGCUCUUGCUUUGAAAAUUGUAAAAUUUUAUUUUCACAUGCAAACACUGAGUCAUCAGUGUCCUCACUCUAA